AUGGCGAACGUUUCGACGAUAUCGAAUCAGUGGAUUCCUGAAGAUGACCUUUUGCUGAAGAAUUCUGUUGAGGCAGGUGCCUCAUUGGAAGCACUUGCCAAAGGCGCAGUACAAUUUUCGCGGAGAUAUACUUUACGAGAACUCCGGGAGAGAUGGCAUUCUCUUCUCUAUGAUCCAGAGAUUGCAGCCCAAGCCUCCGCCCGUAUAUUUGAGCUCGAGAUUUCUGGCUUCUGCCCCGGGUCAAAGUCAAACAAACCGGAGAAAGAAAUUUCGAAGAAGAGGAAAAACGAGAGCAUCCGCAGAAGAUACUAUGCCAUGAGGAAGAAAUUCCGCAUCGAGUUUUUAAAUCACACUGAUCUUGGUUUCUUCGAAUCCAAUCCUCACGACCCGUCGACACGUGAUGGUAAUGAUCAAUUAGGACUUCAGGAAGAGGAUUUAGACAUUCUGCUCCACGCAUUUCCAGGUACAAUACAAGAUGCGCCUGGUACAAGCAAUCAAAACAUGGGCGGCUAUGGAUUUGGUGAAAACGUGACCUCGUUAGGGGAAUGUGCUGGAAAAACUAAAAUAGAUGAUAAUAAUGCAGUUAUGUAUGCCGUGGAAAAAGAAAAUAGCUCGCCAGCCUACACAGGUGAGUUUGCAGACCCGGACUCACUUCUGAACCUGUCGAAUGAGGAAGAGAUACUCUUGGUGGAUGAAAAAGAUAUAGAAAAUAAAUGUGCUAUGGAUAUAUCAAAUAAAAGUAGUCAGGAAAAUGAUACUGCAAAAGUUGAACCCGAGACCUUGGAACCCACAGAAGCUACUGUAGAUACUUCGGGCUCGAAAGUUGACUUGCCAUCAGAGUUGACUCGGAAGUGCGAUUUGGUUGAGCUCUGUCAUGGCGAGAUCUGCUGCACGUUAAACACAGAGGACCCUGAGAUUCCUUGUAAUGAUGAUAUAUUCUUGCUAAUUCAUCCUUCCAUGUCGUCUGGUUCACCUACACAACAGCCAAACACCACAACUUAUGAGAAGGUUAAUGGGCAAGACGUGAACUCACCAAUAAAAGGCAAAGAUUCGGUUCACCCAUUUGCUAGUACGGCUAAAGCUGAUGUUCCUGCAUUUGUCAACAAGACCGUUGGGAAUUCCAGUAAAGGAAAAUCGCAGAAUACAAUCCCAAAACCAUGCAGUAUUAGCAUUUCCAGGAAAGAAGAAGUUGGAGUUGGUAUGAAGGUUCGAGACAGCCAAGCAACAAUCAUACGAUCCAUGGAAGCAAGCUCUGCUAGUACCUCUAUUCCAGAAUUAUUAGUCAAUGACUCACUAUCUGAUCAUGAAGAAUCACAGAUUGAUGAUGACGUGCCUUAUUAUUCUGACGCGGAAGCUAUGAUUCUUGAAAUGGACUUGGAUCCAGAUGAUCAAGGCGUCAGGCAAGUUCCAAGUUACCAAUACGAUGAUACUAAAAGGACAAUAAUAAGGUUGGAACAAGCUGCUCGUUCUUGCGUACAGAGGGCCAUGACAUCACAAGGAGCGCUUGCUCUCUUAUACGGCCGCCAUUUGAGACAUUACAUUAAGAAACCUGAGGUUUUACUUGGCAGAUCUACAGAUGAUUUUGAUGUUGAUAUUGAUCUAAGGAAAGAAGGAAGAGCCAAUAAAAUAUCUAGGCGGCAGGCUAUCAUCAAAAUGGAGGCAGAUGGAUCUUUCUUUUUAAAGAAUCUCGGGAAGAGUUCUGUAUCAGUGAAUGGCAUGUCAGUAGCUACGGGACAAGUGCUGAACCUUAGUCCCAGCUGUUUGAUCGAGAUAAAGGGAAUGAGUUUCGUUUUUGAGAUCAACCAAGAAUUCGUGAGGACUUGA